AUGCACGGGUUCGACACGAACAUCAUGGAACCAAUGACCAGAAAAUGUGACUCAGACACCGACGAGGGUCGAAGUAAAACAAUCAUGGCUAAGGGUCAAGGUUCCUCAGUGAUAGCAGCGUCAAAAAUCCCAUCAACGUUUGUGAGCGGUUCGAUUAAAACCAAGAUGUAUAACGAAUACGCAUCAAGCGAUACACCAAAAUCGCAAAAUCUAAGUAAAACGAGACAAAUCACACCUUCAUCGUACGACACCCAAAAGUGGUUCCCUUCCAUCGAAGGUAAAAGCGAAGGCAAAAUCAGUGCUAAAGAACUUCAAACCGCAUUCAAACAAUUCCAAGGCAAACACUUUUCGGAUAAUGUUUGCAAAUUCGUUGUGCGUCUAUUCGAUUUAGAUAAAAACGGUGGAAUCGACAUUCGAGAAUUUGAACAACUAUACAGCUCGGUGAAAAAAUGGGUUUCCGCGUUCAACACGUGCGAUCGCAGCAGAUGUGGAUUUCUUGCCGAAUCUGAAUUAGAUCUCGCUUUAAAACAAAUGGAGAUAAAUUUCAGCCCGGAUUUUGUAACAUUCUUGAUUAACCGGUGCGAUCCGGUCAACAAAAAAAUGUCCCUCGACCAAUUUAUCGUCACCUGCGUACAAAUGCAAAAGUACACCGAAGAAUUUAGGGCGAGGGAUGAGAAAUCGGACGGAAUCAUCAAAUUAAAAUACGAAGAUUUUUUGGAACUCUUAAUGAAGACGGUUUGA